AUGAUAAAGUUUCCGUGCUUGAUUCUGUGCGAGGUGCAGGAGGAUGGGUUGAAGGAGCUACCCGGACGUGCAGCUGAUGCGUCCCGGCCAGCGGGCGUCGUGCAACACCAUGAACUUGGAGAAAUUGAUGGCACUCGAGCAAGACGAGAUUACCAUCAGACCAGGGGGUCGUGGUGCCCUCCCCCUCCCCCCACCCAUCACCACGCCCACCACCAGUACGAGAACGACCACGCCCACCACCACCAUCACCCCCAGCACCACCACCACCACCACGACCCUUACCUGCCGGACCUCGUGGGCAGCGCCAUCCUGCGAGGCGCCCGCAGCAGAGGCAGCGUCGGCUCGUCGGUCAGGGAUGGCUCGGAUACCUCCAGUGCCUACUCGGGAUCCGACACCAUGUGCCACUCGCUGCAGUCCUCGCUCGAGCCCGACGACGUCGACCUGUCAGGCCUCACCGAGAGCGCCGUCGACUCCGACGAGGAGGACUUGGCCGAGAGCAUCGAGAGCCUGGCGGUGCGAGACGCGGUCCGGGAGUGCCUGGAGAAGGACCCGAGCGAACGGACCGAGGACGACAUCGACGUCUUGCUCGAGUUCACACAGCGUCUGCGAGCCUUCUCCAACAUGACCUUGGCCGUGAGAAGAGCUAUGUGUCAAGCCAUGGUACGUUUUGCUGUAGUAGAAGAGGCCGGCACAACCCUCAUGAACCAUGAAGAACUGGAUUCAUGGAGUGUCAUCAUCAAUGGACAUGUGGAGGUCACACAACCAGACGGUUCCGUGCAUGAGCUUCACCUUGGAGACAGCUUCGGCAUCACGCCCACAAUGGAGAAGCUCUACCACCAGGGGGUCAUGCGCUCCAAGGUGGACGAUUGCCAGUUCGUGUGCAUCCGGCAGACAGACUACUACCGCAUCUUGCACCAGGGGGAGGAGAACACACGACGCCACGAGGAGGACGGCGUUCUGGUCCUUGUGACAGAACAGAGGCCCAUCGACGCAGGCAACAGAAGGGGAAAUAUUGUGAUCAAGGGAACCGCAGAAAGGCUCAUGUCCCAGCUGGUGGAGGUAGAGAACAAUGUGGAUCCAACCUAUGUGGAGGACUUCUUACUCACACACAGAACCUUUAUUGACAAUCCACUCCAAGUGGCAAACAAAUUAUUAGAAUGGUAAUAUAUUUUACCCUCUCUAAGAGACAGAGUGACACGAGUGGUGUUGCUCUGGGUAAACAACCACUUCACAGACUUUGAAAUGGAUCCAGUCAUGAUGAAUUUCCUAGAGCAGUUUGAGGAAGGACUUGAAAGAGAGAAGAUGGCAGGACAGCUCAGGCUGCUUGACUUUGCUUGUGCCACAAAGGCCAGGGCUAGGACUGUGACUCUCACACGGCUCCAGGAUGAAAUCCUCCACUUCUCUAUCCUGGGAGGAUAUGAGCGAGGAUUUGGAAUCUUUAUAUCGAAGGUGGAGAAAGGAAGCAAGGCUGAGGAGGUUGGCUUGAAGCGUGGAGAUCAGAUACUAGAAGUCAAUGGCCAAAGCUUCGACCACAUGAAUCAUGGGCGAGCCCUCGAGAUUCUUCGUCAGACAUGUCACCUGUCAAUCACUGUUAAGAGUAACUUGUUAGCAUUCAAGGAGAUGCUCCAGACUCCUGACAAUUCCCCAAGACAACGCCGAGAAAGCCAUCUGACCCACGAGGCCUUAAUGACGCAGUCUCCCAGGGACAAGGGCAAGGACAACAAUAACAAGACCUCCUUCAUGACAAUGAGCGGCACCAAAGCCAACAGAUUCAGGAAGGUCAAGAAUCUGCUGAAGCCAAAGACUAACACACAUCACAGCAACCCAGAUCUGAGCACGACUGGAGCCUAUGAAGAUGUCAGAACAGAGUUUCCGGAGCAUGUAUUGAAGGUUUAUCGAGCAACUGACCAAGCUGCGAGAUUCCUACCAGUCCACAAGGAGACCACAGCUCGUGAGGUGGUGAUGCUCGCUCUGCAGAUCUUCAACAUCAAUGACCCUUCAGGUUCCUCCAACUAUGCACUGUAUGAAGUCUCAGUCACAGAAGAAGGCCUCACAAAGCAAAAGAGAUUACCAGACUCGCUGCAAAACUUGGCAGAGAGAAUAGGAUUAAGUAGUCGAUACUACUUGAAGAACAUCACAGUGUCACAGACUUUGGUCCCAGAUGAAAAUGUGAAUGAGCUGGUCAGGGAGUCUACAGUUUACUUCUUACAGCUUAACUCGGUUGAGUUGGCUAUUCAGCUUACUCUUGAGGACUAUACAAUAUUCAGGCAAAUUGAACCUACUGAAUAUAUUGAUUAUCUCUUCCACCUCAACUCCAGAUAUGGAACUCCGGCUCUGUCACAAUUUGCUGAGCUUGUAAAUCGUGAAAUGUUCUGGGUGGUCACAGAAGUCUGCUCAGAGCAUAAUCUAGUCAAGCGAUCCAAAAUCAUCAAGCAGUUUAUUAAAGUUGCCCGACAAUGUAAGGAAUGUAAGAAUUUCAACUCCAUGUUUGCCAUAUUGUCUGGUCUGGGGCACGGAACAGUUUCAAGGCUAAAGCAGACCUGGGAGCGCUUGCCUUCCAAGUACCAGCGCAUGUUCCAUGACAUGCAGGAUCUCAUGGAUCCUUCUAGAAACAUGAGCAAGUACCGCAACCUGGUCCAAAGCGAGAACAUCCAGUCACCCAUUAUUCCAUUCUAUCCAGUGGUUGCCCGCGACUUGACAUUCACUCAUGAGGGUAAUGAUGACAAGGUUGAAGGACUCAUCAACUUUGAGAAGCUCCGCAUGAUUUCACGUUACAUCCGUGACCUCCAGAACAUGUGCUCAGCCCCUUACGAUCUGUUCAACAUGCAGGAUGCUGGAGGUCAACCCCCAAGUGCUGCACUCAUAACACUCAACCAAAUGGGAGCUCAGAUUGCAACAGUGAAGAGAAGGAAGAAGUCCACUGCUGCACCUGAUAAGAAAAAGAUGUAUGAAGAGGCUCAAAUGGUCCGGAGGGUGAAAGCAUACUUGUCUCGGUUGCAAGUGAUUACAGACGAGGAGCAGCUUCGCAACAUGUCCUUGGAGUGUGAAGCAGGUCCGGAGGGGCAUAAACCUGCAGGAGGGCACAGCAACAGUAGCAGCAGUGGGUCCAGUAGCGCCCCACCCACCAACCCUCCUCCAAGACGGCCCCACUCACCAACACCUUCCACAACUUCAUCAACUUCAUCAACGUCACAAACCUCGGAUGGGAAGAAGCACACUGCGAAAUUCGGAGCCACAUCUCCCCAGUCCAUAAGCAAGAUGAAGGCCCUGGCCGAGCCCAAGACGAAGCCUCAUCACGGCCCACGCUCCACCACCACCCACCAUUCACUCUCCCCUUCCCCCUCCCCUGGCCCUCCUCGUAGGGGAGCCAUCAACAACCAUACCUCUCGCUCUACCCAUGAGCGGUCCCACUCUGACACCCAUGCUGUUCCUGUGGACCUUAGCGCAGAGUCUUCCUCUGUUACCUCCCUGUCCAAACUCCACAAAUCCCACACCUCAGGCUCAGUGACAUCAACCGACUGUCAGGUGGGACCUGGGGAGUCUGAUUCUGGCAUCUCUACCCAUUUUGACUGUCACUCCUCCUCCUCGCUGGAAGUUGGGGGAGUUUCCGGAUACGAGUGUCACUAUCACUCCUCACCUCCAGCCCACCACCGACGCUACUCACAUCAACCAGAAUCACGGUCGCGUCCUCCCUUUCCGCAUGCAGUAGCUGUGCUGCCACCUAUUCCUGCAGCAGCAGGAAUGGGUAGUGGACGACGACGCGGAGCUCCGGGGCAUCCCCCUGACUACGCAGAAACUCAGAUGAGGAUGAAACAAAUGGGCCGAGCCCUUUCCAUGAUGGUGUGCAAUAUUACCGGCAGACACACCUUGAUGAUGAAGAGGAAGAUGCCCAAGUCUCUGCAGUAUGAAGGUUGACACAACCAUCUGUGAUGAGACGAACAUGAGAGGUCCUGGACAGAUUCUACCUCCUCUUCAGGAAGACAUUUGGGACUUCCUAUACAACAAGACCAAGCCAUUGGAGUUUCCGGUUGUUAUGUGUAUACCCUUACCUAGAAUGCAUAGCAGUUAGUUGAUGGGGUGUGCAGGACAACUGUUUGAUUAUCCUUUGCUUAUCUUGUGAUAAUAAAAGUUAAGAGUUCAGAAGCCAAAGAUAGAUGGAUUCCUAUGGCCAUGAGAGUAGGCAUUAAAAUCUUUGUAUGUUUGUUCUACUCUUUGAUGUAUGACUUAUAAAGACUGCUAGGCAACUGAUGACUUGCUCAUGAGUCCUGUAAGAAAACAGUAUCCCUUUAAUAUAUAGAAUGAACAGAUAUUGUGUUUCCUUACCAGAAAAUAUGAACACAGUUUCUUUGAGGGAGGAGAUAUAAUGCCUUUAUGACAUGUCAGCUCUCAGGCCUUAGGGUACUUUUGGGGCACAGCUUCAUUAAGAUUUUUAUGGAUGUAACACAUUAUAAAUACAUGUAGAUCAUGC